AUGAAUAAAGGCGCUGAGAAGAAGAGAACUUCUUCAUUCAAUAAAUAAACAAUUAAUUAGAUAUGUGAUAGAUAUGAUACACAACAAAAACAAUUUUAUUGUCCUCAAUAAAGAAAAGAUGUCAAAAAUCUGAUAAACAAUCUAAAGUUGAAAUCAUCUUGUGCAAGUACCUCAGUGGUGAUUCCAUAAAAUGUGUCUUUGAAAAAUUUCUUAGCAGGUCUAACUCAUAAAUCUCCUAAAAAAUAAAUGAAGGAACAUAGCAAAAAGACUCCUAGUACAUCUUUGCAUACUCCAACUGACUUUACAAUUAGAAAUACCGAGUAGCAAUCUGAGUUGAUAAAGUAAUAGUAAUCUAUAUUACAUUAAUAAUCUUAAUAAACUUCAUAUCGAUCUUUAUUAUAACGCAAUAAGCAUAAUCAGUGGAUAGAUUUAAUAAAUCAGAAGAAUUCUAAUUACAUUCAAUAAGAUCUAAUAGCUUUAACUGAAUACAAUGCCUAAUUAGAGAUUUAAUCGACGAAUAAUUGUGAUUGGAAAUAUCCAUAUGCUUGCUAUAAGGAAGAUAGAAAUCAUCGUGAAAAAUAAAUCAUAGAGAAUCUGGAAUUCAAUUGUUGGUUAGAGUAGAUGAAGACUCACUUAGAUGUGCGUAGAGCAUAAUGA